AUGAGUUACGGAAGGCCGCCGCCGCGUAUCGACGGCAUGGUGUCGUUGAAAGUGGACAAUCUCACGUACCGCACAACGCCUGAAGAUCUGCGGCGUGUGUUCGAAAGAUGUGGUGAAGUCGGUGAUAUCUACAUACCCAGAGAUCGGUACACCAGAGAAAGUAGAGGAUUUGCUUUCGUCAGAUUCUACGAUCGUCGUGAUGCUGAAGAAGCUUUGGACUCGCUUGAUGGACGAAUGCUUGAUGGCAGGGAGCUCCGUGUUCAAAUGGCUCGCUAUGGACGUCCCUCUUCUCCAUACCGGAGCCGCUACGACCGUCGUCGCAGCAACUCGCGUUCACGGUCUCGUUCACGUCGUCGAUCCAGGUCUCGUUCCCGUUCCCGAAGGCGGUCACGCUCGUACAGUCGCAGCCGCUCUCGCUCUCGCAGCCGUUCUGACUCUAAGAGCUCUCGUGGACGCUCCCGCAGCCGCUCCCGCUCACGAUCACGCUCUAGGCAUUGA